AUGCUUCAAUUGGUAAAUGCUGAACGUUCUAAACGAGAUAUUGCUCCAGUGCCAUUGGAUCAUAAUAAGAAUACACUUACACAUGAUGAUCCAAUAGGUGAUCUUAGUGCCAGAAUUAAACGUUUGGUUAUCGUUGAUCAAAUACUGGUGAAAAUCUUGCUUCUGGAUUUAGUACCGAAGAAGCAGUUACGACAGCAUAGUUCUUGUGAUAUUCUUAUUCCGGAACGAGAUUAUGGUUCUUAUAUGUAG